AUGAGACACCACCACCUGAGCUCCAGGUUCAGCGCCCUCGCUGCUACGAUCAUCGGCAGCGCUCCAGCAAAGCAGACUGGCCUCGACAACUCGCGGCCAACCGCACUCGGCGUCAACUCAAGUUCCGCUGCUCGAAUUUACCUCACGAAAGGCGGCGGCGGCGGUCCAAACAAUCUCAUCAUGGGUAAGUCAAACAAAUUCGACUACAGUAAGCGUGGGAGUUCGGGAGCAAAGUUGGGGCACAUAAUCUCGCGUGACUUGAAGAAAGAAGCAGAACGCGCGCACAAGGACGCAGAGAAGGCCGCCGGUAAGGUUCGUACGCGGAGUAAUGGGAGCUGUGGCAGCAGCAGCAGUGCGCUCGGACACGUGACACGUGAUGGGGUGGUGCUCGAUAUUCAAGUUCCAUUCAAGGAUCUUGGCGAUGAAGGGGCAUGUGCCAUGGCUACAGGCCUGGAGGAUGCUCUUCACCAGGGACUUGUGCUUCUGGAAGAUGUCAAUCUCUCGGGCAACGGUAUCACGACCGUGUCGCUUGCUCGACUUGCGCCAGUGAUCAGGCUGGCAAGACAUGAGCUGAAGACGCUGAACCUGGCCGGCAACAACAUCAAAGUGGAGACUGUGGAAGAGGCGGAGCAAUGGGAGACAUUCCUCGAGUCGUUCAAACACUGCUUCAGGCUGAGGAGACUCGACUUGAGUGGCAACGUGGGUAUCGGAGCGCUCGCAUUCGAGAUCAUGGCCAAGGUGUACGUCAACGAACUACCUAUCAACCCACUGGCAUUGCAAGGCGAGACAUCUGUCAUAUCUCUCAACUCCGAAGAGCAGCUUGUGGCAUCAACAGAAGUACUUUCUUUUGUCGACAACAUGUCAAAGGGCGCCAUCAUCAAGCGACGGAUGGGCCUCAGAUCAAUUCCAUACAUCACGCUCACAGACACCGGCCUAGAUGACUUGUCUGCGUUGUGGCUGUCCUGCAUCCUCGAGGAACAUCACUGUCCGACCCAGCUCAUUGACGGGUUGAAUGCCACCCCAGCAAGCUCGAAAAUUGCGACCUACCAGCAAAACAGCCUCUCCCGUGGUGUCGAUUGGAAUAUGAAGCAUCCGGACCAGAAUCGAGACGGGCUCUACGUCCUGCAAAAGGCGGAGAAAUUCAGAGAGCAAGUGACGUUGGCCGAAGAUGAGAUCUUCGACGACACAGAAUAUGCGCUCGAACCCCACCAUGCCGGCCGACAAGGUGACAGGCGGGCGUCCCGAGGCUUACCUGGCGAUCGAGCCAGCGUGCGCUCAAUCAGGACUGCGGAUGGUGGCGAACACGAGCUCUCCGAAUUGGAGAGCGCCCGGAGGCGGUUGCAGCGCUCUCUUCUCACCAAUCAUGGAGCUUCGAAAGUCGAGCUUUGGAGCGCUGCACUAAGACUGGUGAUCUCAUCCAGAGUUCUUACAGGCAUCGGCCCGUCAAGCAGGAAUGCGAGCAGGUUCCAUACCGGACCUCCCAAAUUUGACUUCACCACGUACAGCCAGGCCAACGCCAUCGAAAAGAAGGCACUGGCUUCGCGUCCAGUCACUCCUAAGCUCUGCUCGGACCAUUCACUGAGCUCGCCCAAGACACCUUCAUGUCAAGGAACGUACGCUGCGACACUCACGGCUAAUAGCGAGCGAGACGUAACUUUGUCAGACACCACGAACACGCCCAGGACUGCCAAGGUGCUCUUCAAGCCACAUCGCAAAGGCGUCCUGACUGAUAGCAGCGAGACGGUAGAAAAGGUGGACAGUUCUGCAGUAGGCGAUAGGAACCCGCAACGCUUUGUGCAGUGGCAGGAAGAGCACAUGAAGAAGCAGGAGGAGGAUCUGAAGCCCUUCAGAGACGAGAGGCUCCCCAGCAACCUGCCCAGCCACCUAGUGGAUCUCGUUGCUGGCUUCACGGUGACUGAGCGAGCAAAGCAGCGUUUGUCUGACAAGCAGCUGCAGGCCGCGCUGUCUUGGGGCAGAUCUCGGACCAAUCUUGAGACGGAGAAGGAGUGGAGAAGGAUGGCGGACGGUUCUCAAAUCUGGACUCUCCUGGAGAGCAUCGGGUGCCUAGCGUAUCACAGGAAGUGA